AUGGGAGAUACUUCUAGUGGUAUAUCGUCCCUCCUGUCGGCGCUUUCAGGCGUCUCGGUUCCAUCCAGUGAUCAACUCACGACGAGGUGUCCUACUCAACUCGUCCUCUCUCGUGCCAGCACAUUCAGCGAAACGGUGCGCCUCGUUCGGUUUCGCUCGAAUGGUGGUACUGAUGAGGAGGGUGAGACGGAUACCGGGGAAGAGGGUGAAAAGCUCACUCAUCUAGACGACGUCCCGUGUGCCAUCACGAAGCUCACGCAGAAACUGAUCGACGAAGGCCAAUACAUUAGUGACGAUCAAACUGUGAUUGAAAUGAGUGGCUUCGACAUGCCAAAUCUCACUCUCACCGACUUGCCGGGAUUUGUGCGCACUGUGGGCGAUCACGAAGACCAUAGCAUCAUUGCAAAGGUUCGGCAAAUGAUCAACCGUUACAUGCAGCAAGAGCAAACGGUCAUCAUUGCUGUUGUGCCAGCUAAUGUCGACAUGAACAAUUCUGAGAUAUUGCAAGCGGCUCAAGAGGCCGGCCCAAAUGGAACGCGAACCAUUGCCGUAGUGACCAAAGUGGAUUUGGUUGACGCUGGUGCAGAGCUUGCAGUGCACGAGUUACUUCUGAACCGCGAGAAGAAAAUGCACUUGGGCUACCACGCCGUGAAGCGCCGAAGCCAACGGGAUCUGUCCAAGCGCAUGAGCAUUGAAAGAGGGCUGGCAGUCGAAAAGGUGUUUUUCGGCGAGCACGAGUAUUGGCGCCGACUGCCGACGCACUUGUGGGGAGUGCCACGACUAAGUGAACGGUUGAUGUCAAUUCUGCAAGAUAAUAUCCGUCGGUCGCUACCAAAGGUGGUGGAGGAGAUCAGUUCGCGCAUGACGGAGACGCAAAAGUCAUUGGCGAAACUAGGCACGCCAUUGGAAACACCCGUGGCGCAACUUCAGCAGUUUGGCAAGUGGGUUGAUUCGUACUUGCGGUUGAUUGAAGCAGCAAUGAGCGGACGUUACGAAGCACUGCCGUCUUCUUCGACACCAAUAGCUUCGGACCAGUUUUCGACUCCGGCUGAUAUGGAUGUCCGUCUAAGAGCCGUUCUGCGUAUAAAAGAAGCCAAUUUUCAAGUGGCUAUCAACAAGUCGAAAGACUGUGUGUUUGGCGACGCCGAUGCGAAGAAAGACCACGAACAAGUGGCAGUUGGGGGUGCCGUGCAAAUUGAGAUCGACGGCCAGUAUCGCAGUGGGAGAGUGAAAGGGAUCAAUGGAACGGACAUUUGCUGCGAGGAGUAUGACCAGCAGUGGAAGAGCAAGGACCAUUGGCGCUUCGACGAACGGGCAAUGCUGAAAAAGUUUAUCCGUGAAAACCGCGGCGAUGAGCUCCCGAUUUUUACGUCGUACCAAGCCUUUUGCAGCUUGUUUCGCACGACCGUUGACAAGUGGGGACAACCGACGGAUACACUGGUGAGUGCGUAUCGGUUGCAGACAAAGUUGGUGUCGGACUUCGUCUCUGAGGAGGUUGGGGAAAAUCUCGAGUUGUGCAGUUUCUCAGAAGACCAAGAACACCCGAAGGCUCUUCAAGAACAAGUGAGCACAUCCGUUCAAACGGAUGCGGAUGGAAAAGUGAAUCUCGCUGUGGUCAUGAAGGCUGUGGAAGCAGCGUCAGCGUCUAUGAAAGAUCUGGAAGCGCUCGAUAUGCAUGCGGCUUUGGAAGCGUACAUCAAGGUGGCGGCCGCGUGCUUUGCAGACAAGGUUCCAAUGCGUCUGAAUGACUUGAUUUGA